AUGUACUUGACCAGGAGCGGGGAAUUUGAUGUUGCGUCAACGUUCAUGAAGGAGACCGGUGUCUCGGUGCCAGAGCAUUUGUUAGGUGAAUUUUGUAAGAUGUAUGAUAUCUUACAGCAUAUUCAGGCUAGAGACUUGGCUCCCGCUAUAGAAUGGGCUACACUGAAGCGCAGUGACCUACUGGCAAGGGGAAGCAACCUCGAGUUCAGCUUACACAGACUACAGUAUAUUGAUUAUCUGAUAGAACAGAACGAUUCAGUGAAAGCCAUCAAUUAUGCAAGAAGACAUUUGUCAGCAUUCAAAGAUCGGUACUUCAAGGAAACCUCCCAGCUUAUGUCGGCUUUGUUAUAUGUAGGGACUAUCGAUAAGUCGCCAUAUGCCUCAGUGGUUAAAUUUCCAACAUAUGAACAGCUCAACAUGAUGUUUGCAUCUGAAUUUUGUUCCCUACUGGGAUUCCCGCCCCAGUCACCGCUUUAUCUUGCAGUUACAGCCGGAUCUAUUGCAAUACCAACUCUUAGCAAAAUGGAAUCAGUUAUGAAGCGACGGGGAGCUGAGUGGACAACGACUCAAGAGUUACCAGUAACGAUAGAUCUUCCAGAAAUCUUACAAUUCCACUCUAUUUUCGUAUGUCCAGUUUCAAAGGAACAGACCACUGAGACAAACCCUCCUAUGAUGCUUCCAUGUGGUCACAUUCUGGCCAACGAUAGUGUGAGGUCUCUGGGCAAGGAGAGUCCAACUCACAUGUUCAAGUGUCCCUAUUGUCCGGUGGAUACCAACUAUUCACAGGCUAAGCGCGUCUAUUUCUAG